AUGGCCGACAAAAAGCCCAAGGAAGGAGUCAAGACUGAGAACAACGAUCAUAUUAUUUUGAAGGUGGCGGGACAGGAUGGUUCUGUGGUGCAGUUUAAGAUUAAGAGGCAUACAUCACUUAGUAAACUAAUGAAAGCCUAUUGUGAACGACAGGACACACCUGCACAGUUGGAAAUGGAGGAUGAAGAAACAAUUGAUGUGUUCCAGCAGCAGACAGGAGGUGUCUACUAAAAAGGGAACCUGCUACUUUACUCCAGAACUCUGUUCCUCCAGACCAAGAAGACAUUCUCAAUUAGAAAGCCACAAUUUGGUUCCACCACAUCCUGACUACUACAGUAUAGUUUUCUCUAUUCUUUCAUUUUCCCCUUCCCCAUUCCUUUA